CACAACUCGGGGUAGAAAGGGAGCUGCAAGCCUGCAACGGUUGGCUGAAAGACACCAAGCGGCCGCCACAUAACUUGCGAGAUGUCUCGGAGAGAUACGGAUAAAGAGGGCCAAAGUUCAUCCGAGCCCACCGCCCCUCUUCCAAAGAACAAAAGUCCUGAGGACUCCCCAGGACCCGACAAUGCCACAACAUAAUGUAAACGUUGCCCUCUACAUUGGCAAUGAGCUGCCACGCGGUGCAUAAGCGGUUCGCUUGUGAUCGAUGUCGUGACCAGAAGUUGCGGUGUCCGCGCGCCGACAACAAUGUCAACGAGCCUUGCCAGCGGUGCAAACGCGCCGGGGCAUUGUGCGUCACGGGCGGGACACGACCUGUAGGCCGGCCUAGGUCGAGUUCAACAUCACGCCCCUCAACGGGCCAAGACCACUUCCGACGACGACAGCGCGAUUCAAUGGCCCCGUCCCCAUCAUCACCGUCACCUUCUAUAAGCACGCAUCAGCAACGUCGCCCACCUACAGGUGCGGUGGAGGCCGCGGCGAUUUUGCCAUGGACAAACGCUUCGUCGUUGGCAAUGAGCGACUACACCGCCAUGUCCAUGGAGUCCCUGCUGGAACUCCCGAUCCCUGAAAGCUCAAACGCUUCCAAUCCAGCUCAGGAGUCACCGGACAGCAUGGCGCAUUUUUUCGGGAUGUUUCUGCCUAAUGGCGAGUUCGGGCAAAUAAUAACUUCAACAUCACCAACCGGGGUCUUGAGCUUUACAGCAGACCCCGGGACUACCCGGCGCUUCGACCCGAUGGAUCAUCCCGUGCGCGGCUCACUUCCUGAGAAUCACAAAGCCACGCCUGCCACUGCGCAGAGUAGUAAUGGCACGACACCCGGACUCGGUAGCAGCGACCAGGAGGCUUUGAUCUCUCUUUCGCGCCUCAAUGAGAGCGUCAGUCAGCAAUUAGCCAAAAUCGACUCAUAUCCGUGGCAGGCCCCGCCAGCGAUGCAGCGUCUUUGUUCCUCCAAGAUCAACAGCACCAACGACAAUCCCGUGGCCGAGACGCUGCAGAUCACGACGCGCUUUGCGGCUAUUCUCAGAACUCUCGGCGUUGCGCAGGGGCGCGCAACAUCCCCCUCCCUCGGCGCAGCUACGUACCUGCUGCUCCUGUGCAGCUACCUCCAGAUCGUCCAGCUCUACGACACCAUUUUCCGCCGCAUCGCCGAGUUCCUGGAAGACGACGCGACGGAAAGGGACGCCGGCGCCAGCGCCGGCACCGCCGACGUGGAGCUCCAGCACGAGUUCCGCGUCGCCGGGCUCGCCAGCAUGCCGCCCCGGCUGUAUCUCAGGCUUAUCGUCCAGAUUCUGGAUCACCAGCUGGAGGCCAUCGAGGGUCUGGUCGGCCUCCCUGCUGACUGCUGUGUUUCUGGUCGGGCUCCGGCACGGAAGGGAAUCUUUAGCGACGAAGAUAUCGCGAGGCUGUUGGAGACCGUCAUGGGCGAUACGAACGAUGGCAGCAGCGGCGCAUUCAAGGGGAGAUUGAUGGUGGUUUCGUUGCGUGCGAACAUGACAGCCGUGAAUGAUUUCUUAAGGGGUUAAUUAGGAGACUAAGUGCUAAGGAAGUCCACCUUGAUGUCGUGGUGAUUAUGUUUCAACUAGUAUUUAUGUUGAGGGAUUGUCCAACCAAUUACGCUACUACUAGUAUAGAGAAGUAAUUAACUGUAAGGCGGAAUGUUCUUCUUGACCACCACCAGCGAGGACAGCGCGCCGCAUUCCUGAGUUCUCGCGGUUAGUAAGCACGGUCUACGCAAAUCUGGGGGAACUCGGCUCCACCUUCGUGGUGGUCUUCCCGGUGAAGCUGGCAAUGAA